UAUAUUGAUAGAAAAAGACGCAAAAACUAAAGCAGGGUCGGAUUCGGAAGGCCAUGGCGUCUCUGUUACAGAUUCAGAGUGACGAUUCAGUUCUCUUGCGUAUAACUCACUCUAAUAUCAAGUCCUUUUCUCCUGAUGUUCGUUUCUCACUUCAGAUGUCUGUGGAAGCCGUAAAGGAGAAGCUGUGGAAAAAAUGUGGUACUUCUGUUAAUUCAAUGUCUGUUGAACUCUAUGAUGACACUGGUGCUAAAAUCUCGGAUCUAACUGAUAAUUUGCAGCCCUUGGGUUUUUAUUCUCCACUAGAUGGCUAUCGGCUGCAUGUCAUAGAUCUCGACCCAUCAUCAGUGACCUCUGGUGGCUGGCUGGAAGACACUUCACUAGUGGAGAAGUACCAAAUAUCUGAAGAAGCCUAUGAUAAAUUGGAUGGUACUUUUAGAAAAUUUAAAGAAAAAUUGGCACACCAAAAUCCUUCAGCUCAUGAGACUAAAAUAUCAGACAACUACAUGGAAGACCUUUGUUCAAAAAUCAAGGUAGGAGAUAGAUGUCAAGUUGAACCAGGGGAGAAAAGAGGUGUCAUUAAAUUUGUGGGCAGAGCAGAAACUCUUGCACCUGGCUUCUGGGUUGGAGUACAGUAUGAUGAACCUUUGGGGAAACAUGAUGGCAUGGUGAAAGGAACACGUUACUUUGAUUGUCCUCCACUUCAUGGUGCACUGGUCAGACCAGACAAAGUAAAGGUUGGUGACUACCCUGAACGAGAUCCCUUUGAGGAAGAGGAAAUAUAAGAAGUCGUGAAGAAACUGUUGCAGUUGCUGUUUUGAACAUGAAUAUUGCCACUGUUUGUAGCAUCUUCAAACAGUGACCCUUUUUUCAUCACAAGCAAUGAUAUUUGGGCUGAGUCAGCUUUGCCAUUGUGUGGCUGGAACCUCACAUUUCCAAUUGUGAGGAUGACGCAAGUAGUUUUUUUUACAAAACGUAGGAGUCCUUGAGGUGUUUGAAGCGUGGGAGAAAUUAUACAACUAUUUGCUAAAGCGUGUAACCAGUAUUUGAUAAUAUUUGCUACACGCUUCCUUGUAGAAGAACAAAGAUUGUGAUUGAGGGUUUAAUGGAUGCCAAAAGAUUUGAUGAUAUAACCAACCAUUAUGCUGUAAAUUAGAUUGCUAUUUUUGCAUUA